UUUUCAUAAUUUAGACUUAUUUAAAACUUAACCAUGCCUUUAGUUAUAAUAUGUGGAUUCCCUAGCAGUGGGAAAUCAACCAGAGCUCAGGAAUUAGUUUCUCAUCUACAAGAAAACUUUCCUGAUAGGGAAGUUAUCAGUAUUGGAGAUAAGGAGUUAUCUAUUGAUAAGAAUAUUGUUUACUCUGAUUCAAAAAAUGAGAAAUCUGUUAGAGGGUCGCUGAAGUCUGAAGUAGAUCGGAAUUUAACGAAAGAAAAUGUUGUCAUAUUGGAUUCAUUGAACUAUAUAAAAGGCUUCAGAUACGAACUGUUUUGCAUCACAAAGUACGCUCGAACACCACAGUGUGUUAUUCACACAGAUAUUUCACCUGAGGGAGCCAAAGAGUGGAACAAGAAUAGAGCAGAAGAAGAACGUUACAGCGACGAUAUUAUUGAUGCUUUAAUAAUGAGAUUCGAACCCCCAGACUCGAGAAAUCGAUGGGAUUCGCCACUUUUCACAAUCCAAGUCGGAGACACUUUGCCAGGGAAAGAAAUCUGCGAUGCUUUGUUUCAUCAGAAAACACCGAAACCAAAUAUGUCGACACAAAAUCCACCGUUACGGGAAACUGACUUUUUGUACGAAGUUAGUAAACAGACACAAGAUAUGAUUUCGACUAUUCUUACAUCACAAAAAACAAUGAUAAUUGGUGAUUAUGUCACAAUGCCAGGGACAACAGAGAAAUAUAUCAUAACACAAAAUCUGACUUUGUCGCAGUUGAGACGUUUUCGACAGCAGUUUUUAACAUACGUUAAGUCCGGGACUACAGCAAAGAUUGAAGAUAUACCAAAAACAUUUUUAUUGUUUUUAAAUAAAUGUGUAGAGACUUGUUAAGUUUUGACAGUUUUUUAAGCUGUGCACAGAAAAUUUGAAAGCAGUUCUAUUUAGAUUUAAGAGAUUUUAAACAAGAAACUUUACCAUCUUUAUAUGAACAUUAUGGAUAUUUUAAAAAUUUAGUUUAACAAAAUGAGAUCUAGAAAGACUGUUUUUACUCGAGGCAAGGCAUUUUUAAUGUGCUUUCGCUGCAAUUGGAAUGUGGGAUAUAUGUAUUCAAUAAGUUUUUCUGUUUUUAUAAACAAAUGAAGAUCUUUUGAUCAUACUUCAAGACUUUGACUGCCCAGAAGAUAAUUUGUUGAAUAAAUUAAUUUUAAAUUUUUUUUAAAGUGUAAAUUUUUCAAAUUUAAUAUUUGGUUGAUAUCCGGCAUGUCCCAGGGUUACCUGUAAUAACUUUAAAUCUAAUUUCUCUAUCAUUGUAUUCGACUUCACUUCUUUGAAAAUCUUCGAUUUUACGCAACUCUUUUCAG